AUGUCUCGAUUACGACGGUUAUUUAGUGUUUCGUAUUGUAGAUACUAUAGUACACAACAAACAAAAAAGAAAUUACCGAUUAUAUCAUGUAAGCGUCCAGACUUCAAUCAUUAUGAAGGUCAAACAUACAGCAAGUUUAAAGGUAUACAAUUAUCUUCUAAAGGUUGGUUACAUGCUAAAUCUAAAGGGGACUACUUUAUUAUUCACGGUGACGCUAAUAAGAAGGAAGAGAAGUCUGUUUUUAGGCAGAGUUUCGAAGAUGUGGGUUUGUGCACAGAACUUGUUGAGGUUAUGUCAAAUGCUGGCUUUUCCUUGCCCACUGAGAUACAAGCGAAGGCUAUACCUGCUAUUUUGAAGGGAUAUAACACCGUAGUAACAGCAGAGACAGGGUGUGGAAAAACACUUGGCUAUUUGCUUCCCAUUUUUCAGCACAUACUAAAUUGGAAACCAAAUGUCCCUGAAGAGUUUAAUAGUCCACUAGCAGUCGUCAUAACGCCUAGUAGAGAAUUAGCUAGCCAAAUUGGAGAAGUGGCCCAAAAUAUUGCUCAAAAUCUGAAUCUAAAUGUGACAACACUUGUCGGAGGAAAGACAAAACAGAAAAUGCUUAAUCCUCCUAUUGAGUAUUGCGAUUUGCUUGUAACCACACUUGGUGCUUACAGCAAACUCGUGACAACGGGUAUAUUCAAGAUACAUAAUGUUCAUCAUGUAGUUCUGGAUGAAGCAGACAGUUUGCUAGACGACAGCUUCAUUGAGAAGUUGUCCUAUGUUAUGAAGAAAUUUUCGAUACAAUACAAAGUAGAAAUUCAAACACCUCCUGUUGGCUGUCAAGUGACAUUUGUUAGUGCAACUAUGCCUCAAGAAUUACCUGAAGCAGUGCAGUCCUUUGUAACUCCAGAAUCUUUGAAGACAAUAAGCACCUCUCGGAUUCACAAGAUACUUCCACAUGUGCCACAAAAGUUUAUGCGCCUAGGCAAAGCCCAGAAGCCGUUGGAACUUUUGAAAUUGGUCCAGGCCGAUGUUAAUAUGAAACGACCGGUUAUCGUGUUUUCAAACAAAACCGCCACAUGCGACUUCGUGUCAAUGUUCUUGAACGAGAACAAAGUUGAAUGCGUCAACAUUAACGGGCAGAUGGCAGUAACACUGAAGGAAGGCAAGUUUGAAAUGUUCAAAAGUGGAAAGGUGGACGUACUAUCAUCGACGGAUAUUGCGUCGCGUGGAUUGGACACGACACGAGUACAACAUAUUAUCAACUACGAUUUUCCAUUGUACACCGCUGACUACAUUCACCGCUGCGGCCGCACUGGGCGUUUGGGGUCCGUCCAAAACUGCACUGUCACAAACUUCAUAGCGUGGCCCAGAGAGAUACAGCAAGUCCAGAGAAUUGAGGCCUCAGUCCGUAAAGAUAAUGAUUUGCCAAGAGUCAAUGCAAAUAUAAAGAGGUUGAUAGAAGACAGAAUCUUGAAGUCAGUUGAUGCCGGAGCUGUCAGAAGUGUAGCAUAG